ACCGUUAAAAGCUAGUUGAGUAAUUGUCUUUAGGGUUCUUUUUCUCCUUUAUUUGAUAAAAGUCUUUUCUUCAAGCUCCAACGGUUUUAGUGGAAGCGAAUAAGGGGACCGACAUGGUUUUUAAAAAUUCGGAUCGGUGCUUGUUUUUUUAAUGCGGAUGAACUCUUCGGUUGACCAGGGAUUGAAUCCAAAACUAGGGAUCAGUAAUCGGUACUAGCACAGACACAGAGAGAGAGAGAGAGAGAGAGAGAGAGAAGGAACUCGGUGUGGGUCUAUGGGCAUCUCUUCCAAUACCUCCCGCGUUUGGGAGCCUCCCCACUUUGAGGACCAGCGGCUCUAGGGUUGUGGCGACGGAGGAGGCCACUGCGAAUUUUACUGGCGACAUAGGUUAUCUUGAACUAAUUGACUUCUUGAUAGAAAGUGCUUCCGCUGGUUUGCAUUUUGGGUAUAUUAUAUUGGGCAAUGGCAGAUAUAUCAAGUUUCUGGGGUCCUGUCACAUCGACCACAGAGUGGUGUGAGAAGAAUUAUGUCUAUUCUUCUUAUAUUGCAGAAUUUUUUAACACUGUAUCGAAUGUCCCUACCAUAAUCUUGGCUCUCAUUGGGCUUAUAAUUUCCUUGAGACAACGGUUUGAGAAGAGAUUUAGUAUUCUUCAUUUGUCCAACAUGAUACUUGCCAUUGGUAGCAUGCUAUUCCAUGCCACAUUACAGCAUGUACAACAGCAAAGUGAUGAAACUCCAAUGGUCUGGGAGAUGCUUCUCUACAUCUACAUCCUCUACUCUCCAGAUUGGCACUACAGGAGUACAAUGCCCACCUUUCUGUUUCUCUAUGGUGCAGUCUUCGCCAUUGUCCAUUCACAGUUUCGGUUUGUCAUUGGCUUCAAGGUGCAUUAUGUGAUCCUCUGCCUUAUCUGCAUCCCCCGGACGUAUAAGUAUUAUAUUUACAUUGAAGAUGUGGCAGCAAAGCGGCUUGCCAAGCUCUACGUUGGAACUCUAAUUUUGGGAAGUAUUUGUUGGUUGUGUGAUCGAUUGUUCUGCAAGGAAAUAUCACGCUGGUACUUUUACCCACAGGGUCAUGCAUUGUGGCAUGUUUUUAUGGGAUUCAACUCCUACUUUGCCAACACAUUCUUGAUGUUUUGUCGUGCUCAGCAACGGGGAUGGGCCCCGAGGAUCGUCUACUUCCUUGGGUUUUUUCCCUAUGUUAAGAUCCAGAAGCCAAAGACCCAGUGAAUGAUAAUCACAAUGAAUAGCUUCUUGAGGUACUUAAUUGUUUUCCCCAAGGUGAGCAAAAGCAUGCAAGUAAAGAGUUUCUGUUUUAUUCUUCUGAGGUGUAAUUAGUGAUAAAACUGGUGAUUGUUCAGGUUCGCAUUAGAAGUCUCAAGUGUAUACCUAGCAUGUGCACAAAGAUGAGAUCAGGUGGAUCUUGGUUGGUUCGUUUGUCUUAGAGAUUUUAAUUUCUUUCUCCAUUUCCUUAGAAAUAGUAGAAAGAUAUUUUGUUAAUGAUCACAGGGAAAAGUUUGUUAUAGGGAAUCUUGAUCGAAAUGGUUGGAGAGUUUGCAUGGAACUCUCCACAUCCUAUUGUUAUUGUUUGAUUUUUUUCUCCCCUCAUCCCCCCUCAAAAAAAAAAAAAAAAAAAAGAGAAUUUUUUCUAUUGAAGAUGUAAGUGAAGCUUUUUAGAAGCUUCUAAGUUGGAGUUUGAUGGCCUUCGCUUUUGUAGCUCAACUCACAGUGGCUAUGACGCAUAAUAUAAUCUUGUGUGAUUAGAUUGGUUACGUA